CUGACCACCGUAACGUCCGUCGCCGCAGGUGCAGUGUGCUGGUGCUAACAGGGCAGACAGGACAGGGGACGUGAGAGACGACCGAGGCCCUGGACACUGAGAAGUCUUGAGACUCUGAGCUUUUCAACUGAAGUUUAUUAAGCCACAACGAAAGGAUUUUUAAUAAGUAGGGGUCUGACUGAAGAGGCAGACAUUGACCCAGCAGCAAGGCACUUGAAGUUGAAUUGAAGCAAAGAUGACAAAUGAGGAAGACAAGGAUCCUGAUAUUGAGCUUUUUGUCAAGGCAGGCAGUGAUGGGGAGAGCAUCGGAAACUGCCCGUUUUCACAGAGACUCUUCAUGAUCCUGUGGCUCAAAGGCGUGGUGUUCAAUGUCACCACCGUUGACCUAAAAAGGAAGCCUCCAGACCUCCAUAACCUGGCUCCUGGGACCCAUCCACCGUUCCUUACCUUCAAUGGGGAGGUGAGGACCGACGUCAACAAGAUUGAGGAGUACCUGGAGGAAAUGCUGGCUCCCUCGAAGUACCCCAAGCUGGCUGCAAAGAACCGGGAGUCCAACACUGCAGGAAAUGACAUCUUCGCCAAAUUCUCAGCCUACGUGAAAAACACGAAACCAGAGGCCAAUGCAAGUCUUGAGAAAGGCCUUCUCAAAGCUCUGACAAAGCUGGAUAUGUUCCUGAACUCUCCACUUCCCGAUGAGAUCGAUGCGGACAGCAUGGAGGAAGAGAAGGGAUCCACACGCAAGUAUCUGGAUGGGAAUGAGUUAACCUUAGCAGACUGCAACCUCCUGCCAAAACUACAUGUUGUCAAGGUUGUGUCCAAGGCGUUCCGCAACUUCGACAUCCCAUCGGAAUUGACGGGGGUGUGGAGGUACCUGCAGAACGCUUAUGCCCGUGACGAGUUUACCAACACCUGCGCAGCAGACAAGGAGAUCGAGCUUGCCUACCAGGAUGUAGCGAGGAGAGUUGCCAAGUGAGGAAGUCUGCUACACCACAACAGCUCUGGCCUUGACAAAAAAUAACUUUUUUUCCUCAAAAAGGAUUUCAGCAAGGGAGUACAGAGGAGGGCUCUUCCUGCGGUGUUUCUCUCUGAUAGAACCAUGUGUGUGAUGUUCUUGUAAUUGCACAAACGAGUGAAUGAAGCUCUCUCUGAUGAUCCUACUGUGCAUGCUGUUGCCAUUUCCCUGUAGCAUCUGUAGCCUACUUUUACCUGCUUUAUGUGACGUGCCACUGAACUUAGCCUUAUAUCUCAUGCUGCAGCUCUUUAAUAAGGGGAAUAGUGAGGUUCGUUCUGUAAUGUUUAUCAUAAUAGUUAUUAAUUGUAAACAAAUCAUUUACAUAGUCUCUUUUUUAUUUUUGUGUUUUGUCUGUCUGUAUUAUAUAUAUGUCACCUAAAAUGCCAUCUCUAUGGCUGAAAGAACUUUUUACCUUGAAAAUGUUAUAAACAAGUUUCAAAUGUAAAGAUGAAUGUUAAUCAACCGACGCUCUUAAUAACCAUAAUCUGCCUUAUCGUUAGUACUGAGAUGCUGAUGCUGUCUUGGACAGAGGGCCUGACAUACAUUACCGUAUGUGAUAUGUGUGGUAUGUCAUAUUUAUCAACUUAAUACGCUGAAUGGUCUUUCCUGAUUUCUUGUGGCGUUUUUGUUUACAUGAAUGUAAGUCCCACAUGGUGAGGGGAUGCUGAAAUGAAUCUAUUGACAGUAUUGAGAUAGAAACUCUAUACAAGAGGUAUUGGCGCCAUCUUGUGGUAGUGAGGUGGACUUUCUUUUCUGAAAUAGGUAGGUCAAGGAGAUGAGGCAAUAUAAGGAUGCUGACUGAAAUUGAAUGUAUAUUUAUUGCUGAAUUCUUUGGCUAUGACAUGUAUUAAUUGAUAUUAUUUCAAUACCCUUUGGGUAGACUCAAAGCCUUAAUAUAUUCUUGGAUGCAGUGAAGUCAGCAUUUCCAUAACCGCAUAGUAUGCUUCAGUCCAUUACUCUUUUAUUCCUGUAAAAGAUGGGUCUGGAUGAUCUCUCAGGAACCUGAGCCCCGGGAAUGAUUUCAAUUCUCUUCCAUUUAUAAACGGAACACAAUGAUGAUUGUGCUUGGAUGAAUAAAGUUCUAUUUUCACAGUG